AAGUUCCCUCGUCCUUGCGUUGUCCACAUUGAUUGAUUGCGUGCGUUUGCGUGUCCCACCUUUGGAUCAUUUCGGGCCACUAUCGCGAUCCACAGCCGCACAGCAUCCCCGAGGUAGUCGCGGCUCCAUUUAUCAAACAAAACACACUCCAUAGAGAUAAGAGCUUCGGGGCUUCAAAUCUGUUGCUCUACCGUACAUACAGACACAGUUACAGGCACAGGCAGCAGUGGCGAGGUGGGCGUUUUCUUGGUCGUCGUUGCAUCAACAAGCAGGUUUUGGUUUGCAUAGCUGUGCUCCUCGUAUUGCUGCGCGACCGUGCGUCGUGGAGAGGACGGCAGAGGAGAGGAGAGGAGACAACAAAACAACGCACACCACUGCUCUGCUGCUACGACGAAUAGGGCACGAUGCCCCCCGGAUGUUACGAGUGUCUUUUUCUAGCUCCAUGCGUGUGAGAAUCAAUCACGUUGUCUGCCUGAUUCGCACAUGGCGCCGUUCAAGACCUUACAUACGCAUACUCGUACAUACAUACACCCGUACAUACGGCAAGUGUUACUCGGCUCCAACAACCAACUCGAUUCUAUCGCCGAUGACCAUUUUCCGAAGGCGGGAUAUCGAGCGAAAUUGGACGGAAAGGCCACGCGGACUUAAGGUGGUCUGCUGUAUCGUACACACAAUGGUCUGCUAUCUAUCCAUAUCAUCUCCUGUCAUUGUCGUCCGCUGUUUGGGUUAGCUGGUCCGAAGAUAACAUACGAGUACAGAGCAAGUAACUGUUUGGCAUGACCAUGACCAUGACCAUGCUGAUGGCAAGUCGACACACGGCGCGCCCGUUGCUUUUGAGGCGACGGCUACCUGGACGGAAAAUGCUCGAUGCCCUGCUUUCACCACUCUUCCGCGCGCCCAAUAUUACCUAUCUGUAUGCCGUGCGGUACACCAACCCGACAUGCAUGGAUUACUCUUGUCCAUGCAUCACGAAGCCAAAGAUGCGCGCUACCCAGCAUGCUAGCCGUGGCGUUGCCGCCGUCCGUCCCGGCCGAAUUCUCCCUCGUUAGCGAUGGAGAUCAAGACACGGAAACAUAUGCGUCAAUGCUCCGUACACUACGGAUAGGGCUGGGCGUGUGAGCAAAACUGGGCUUGAAAUAA